UGAUAAAAUAAUUAUGUCAAACAGUGAACAAUAUGGGGAAAAAGCUACAGUUCGAGAAUGGAAAAGAGCAAUCCCCCAAGCCGGAUAUAUUAAGUUGGGGGCGCUUCGCUAUGGAAUUCGAAUAUCAAAUCUCAACCUCUCGGAUUAUUCAUCAUCAAAUAAACCGCAAAUGCUAUCAUCAUCUACUCAACGAUCAUUAAUUAUGUCACCAUCAACGGAAACUAUUAGUGCCAAAGCGAUUUGCAAUGAUGGAUGUUGUUGCUGUCUCAGCUCAAAAAGUUCACAAACUAAACUUUCAUUGUCUCAAUCAGCUAAGAAUAGAACAUCGUCUCCCUCAUCAACAUCUUCACAGCAACCGACGAACAUCGUCAAUAAAAAUUCAGUAUCAUCGUCAAGCUUUAAACGAGAAGCAUCGCCGACUGUCUGCUGUUAUAAUACUAACGGUCGAUCUCAAACAUUUCGGAAAAGUGAUAAAAAGGAAGGAAAUUUCGAUACGUUUAUAAGUACCAGACAUGAAGAGAAAAUUGUAGCAUCCAAUGUACCAAACCAGAGUUCAAAUUUAGUAAAUCUUUACCAAAAAAGAUCACACAAUCAGCAAAUAUCAUUAGUCACGAAUCGUGUCCCAAUAGAAAAUUAUGAAAAUGUCAAUACGAAGACAUUCAGUUAUUUGAAAGAUAAAAUCAAAAAGCUUGAAAAUUCUCCUAAUAAUAUUCAUGAAAAUAUUAUAAAUAGAUCAACAACAUCAAUAACAAUAAGAGCCGAAGAGACGACAGUAGACGUUGAUCCAGUCAUAAGUGUUAGUGAGAAUGAUCAGAGAAUAUAUGAUGAUAAAAAUAGUCGUUUCGGCAGUACACGGCUCAUAAAUCGCGAUGAAAGCCAAUCAAAAAAGCAAUGCAAUUUAGGAGUUCAGAGUGAUGGUAACAAUAAUCAAGUGAAUGAAUCGAGGAUACGCAGUGAAAAUAGUGUUAAUAAAGUUGAAGAGAAUCUAAAGAGUUCCUUAAUUACUCGACAGCUGCGUGAUAUAAAUACACAUUGUCAUCUUGGUGUUAAUGGUGAUGAUAUCAAAGUUACUAAAGUUGUAAUAAAACAUCUCACUUCCGAUGUGAGAAAGAAUCCACCAAUUGAAGAUUCGCACAUGAAAAACAGUUUGGAUGAUAAUGAUUUUAGUUAUAUUGAUUCAUCAUCGCGGUCGGUUUCGCGUUCCUCUAGUACGUCUUUCGCAAGUGACGAUCUUGAUGAGAAAAUAAAUCAGAGAAAAAAUAGAAUAUCGAAAAUCGGUAAAUUUAAUAAUAAUAAUUAUAGCAAAGAGUGUUUUAAUACUAAAAGUUCUGCUAAUCAUAAUAAGAAAUUGGAAAAUUACCUAAGUGUCAAUGAUUGGGACACAGCAUGUCACCGUUUGAAGGAGAAUUUAGAGAAAUCCAACAUAAAACAGCAUUUUCAAGUUUCAGAAAAUAGCUUUUCUUCUUUGAAUAUCAAUCAAUCAUCGGUUCCAGAGCAAUCGCCAACUAUGGAUAAAACAAGUCGAAAUAAUACAUUAAAGAGAUUUGGAUUUGGAAGAAAAUCAUCACCAACUACUUCAAGUUCACCUGAUAGAAAAGUUACUAGCAGUAAAACGGAGCGACUGAAAGAAUUGACUGAGAAACUGAAAGGUCAUAAAACUGGGUCGUUUAAAUUGAAUUCUUCAAGAUCAGUAUCUCCACCAGUACCACCGCCACUUCCAUCUCCACCGAUUCCACCUCCAAGGAAACUUAAAAGAAAUAGCCAAGAUAAUAGUGCAGCAUCGUCUCUCGAUAAUUUACUUAGUGGAGGCUCGUCUCCAAGUGAUGCCUCUACCGCCAACAAUCAAAACUUACAUCAGAUUGGAAAAUCAAAAUCUGUAGAACCUUCAAGUAUUUUCAGUCGUCAGCUUAAAAGUAUUCAAGAACGCUUUCUGCGACCAAAUAUAAGCGCAUCCAAUUUAGAAGCACUCAACAGUCAUAAAGAAUAUUUAAAGGAAGAUAAAAAAAUCAAUUCAGAAUCGUUGAAAGAUGAUUUCUUUACAAAACUCUCACGACCAGAGUCACGUACAAUUGUUGGUUCGUACACACAAAAAAGUAUUCCAUUUCGUAGUGCUUCAUUUUCACAAGCUGAUGUGGUGUCUGGAAAAUAUAUUAAAUCUGACAUCGCAUCAUUGAGAGCGUCAAUAGCUCACAGCAAAAGUAAAAAUUCAGAUCGAAGUCCUAGUCCGAAAAAGAAACCGUUAAAUGAAAAUAAGAACAAAAAGUAUACCUUGACAGAUGAUGCUAACAUUACAAACGAGUCAGAAGAGAAUUUAAGGGUCGAUACAUCAAAUAGAAAUUCAGAAAUUGACACAAUCACUGAAGAUCCAAUGGCGGAAAUACUCGCUGAAGAACAAAUUAAAAAUAAAGUUGGAGAAAUUAAUGUUGUUCAAGCAAAUGAAAUGGUUCUUGAAACAUUAAUUGAAGAAGAAUCACCUGCUAUGCAUGUACUACCAAAGAUACAAACAAGUGAGCUACAACAAGCAAUGACAUGUAUUAUUCCAAUUCCCGUUUUUGAAUGUGUUGAGAAAGAGUGGAGUCUAUUGCCUGAACAUGGUGGAGAAGAAUUCUGCCAUCCCAUCUCUGAAGACGUUUUGCCUCAAGCAAAAGUUAUUGAAAAUUUCAUUGAAGUUCGAUUGAACAAAGAACUUGAAGGUGAAAGUUUAGAUAAACAUGAUCAGAAUUCAUUUAAUUAUAUGAAAGAAAGCGAUCUCUUGCCUCGUCUUGAUUUAAAUGAAAAUGUUAUUCAAGAUGAGAAUAAUAAAGUUAAGCUUUCUAUUUCCCCAACAAUACCCGAGGUGGAAAUAAACAGUGUUGCACUUCAGCUAGAUGAAAUCACUGAAAAAUUGAAAGAAAUUAUUCCACCGCAAAGCGAAGUUUGCAAUGUUGUUAAAACUCAAAUCCCGCAAGAUAAGAGUGAGUUUAUAGCACAAAAGAGUAUUGACAGUUCUGAAGAAAUACAGAUAUCACCAGAAAUUCAAGAAGUGUUGGAAACUGUCGCUGAAACAUUAAAUGAAGAACACAAAUUCCUUAAAAAUGUUCUAGGUAAUAAUAACAUUAACAUUGUAUCGCUAAUCUGUCCAGAACAAGAACAAUUAACAUCGAAUGAAAAAGAAGCGAUGAGUGAAACCAAAUUUGACUCACUUAAAGCCACUGAUUCUUCGCCCGAGCCAGGAAGUUUCGAUAAAAGUGACAGUGAAUUCACUGAAACUGUCAGGAAACGUCACAGUAAUGAUACAAAUUCGGGAAGUGAGAAAUCUUCACCAAAUAUUUCGUCACCGAACAUCAACAAUGACGAUAAACGUAAGAUUGAUAAAUCACGACGUCGAAAAGGAAUUUACAUUCAAUGGCCUGCUAUUGAAGGAUCACAAGAUGUUGAAUCGUUUGAUAGUUCAACCGUAGAAGACAUUGCUGAAAAUGAGAGACAAGAUACAAAUAAAUCGAGCAGUGCACCAUUAAAAUCAAAUGAAAAGAAAUUAAGUCGAAGUCACAAUCUUGACUUUUGCUUUUCGGAGCCGAUAAUGCCUCGACAAUCUGAGUCAUUAUGUUCGUUAGAACCUUACACACCUGACUCGGAUUAUAACAGUAAUAAACCUUUGCAAUGGCCACAAGGUCACCGACGACAGAGUUUAACUUACCAAAGCUCUGAUGAGCGUGAUGAUCCAAGUUCAGCAAGCCUCCAUCCAAUAAAAUGUUUUCGUAAUAUCUUCAUUCGUUCUGAUUCAAUAUCUGACAAUGAAAGUGAUAGGGGAUCAUCAAGAGAUCGUGGAACUUCUUCUCCAGCUUCUGCAAAUGAACAAGACUUGAAACGAUAUUCAAAACGUCCUUUACGUGGACCUUACGGCCAAAUGUUAGAAGCAGAGAUGAAAAAACCAACGAAAGUUCAUUACGAUGGAAUUUUGGAAGAGCUUUCUCGAAAUGACAGCAUGAAGAAGUCAAAUUGUUCCCUUGAUUCGAUAACUUCUCGUAGUAGUGGAUUCUUCAAUCGCGUAUCAAAAUCAAGAAAAAAUGCAGGUGGAUCUCUUCCCGUUCCUAUGCAUCAAAGAACAGCGUCAAGUCCAGUUCCACUUAUCGAAACGACAUCUCCCGAUGCUUUACCAAUGAUCAAUCACAAGCGAUAUCCGAGCAGCGUCGAUCAACGUGUUACUGAUACGUCAGACCGACUUUCAUUUAAAAAUGAUAACAAAAAGUUUUCUUUUGACAGCAGUCUCUUGUCAGUUGAGAAAUUGUCGCCAAAGAGAACUUCAUCUGACACCACAAGUGAAAAACACUCAAAGAAGAGUUUUAACAAUGAUAAGCUUAAAGCAAAAAAAAAUUUGGACGAAAUUCGAAUACCAACAACACCUUUGGAUAAAGCAUUAAUCUUAAACACGCCUGAGACUCCUAAAAGCGUCGCAGCUACACCAGAACUUUUAGCAGAACUUUUGAAAGGGUCAAGUGAAAAAUUGCUCAACGAACAGAAUCAUAGCAAAAAACAUCAAAGCAGAAAUAACAUCAGCAGUAGUGGAAUGUCACUUCCAACCGCAGUAUUAAACAGUCUCAACAGUUUGGAUACACGGACACAUGUUGUUGUUGAGUUAUUCAACACUGAAAAAAACUAUGUUGAGUCAUUACAAACCAUUGUGACUAAAUAUCUGAAUCCAUUAAAAUUGCCUGAAAACUCAGCAAUUGUAGAUCUUCAAACAGUAGAUGAAAUCUUUUUUAUGGUCCCUUCGAUUCUCAAUAUCCACGAGAAAUUUCUAGAAGAAUUGAAGAAACGAUUGGACUCAUGGGAUGCAUUACAACGUGUUGGUGAUGCUUAUUGCGAUGUUUUUACGAAACCGAUAGUAUUAGAAACGUAUACGUCGUUUGUAAAUAAUUGGAAUAAAGCAGAAGAUGCUAUUCGAACGACCAAAACGGCGAGGCCAGCGUUUGCCAAAUUUCUUGAAACAACGGCUCGUGAACACAAAGGAAAACUGUCCUUGGACAAUUUGCUGAUAAAAAUCAUUCAAAAAUUCCCCAAUUACGAAUUAAUGUUCCAAAGACUGACAAAGCAUACAGAACCUGAUCAUCCCGACUACACGGGAUGCUCGGAAGCUCUUAAACUUGUCCACGAUAUCCUCGUACAUCUGAAUUGUAAGAAGCGUGAAGCAACUGCAAAUGGUCAGCGAGAAGCAACACUUCGUGAACUUGAAAAUGUGAUUGAAGGAAUCAGUGAUUUAGUUUCAACCGAUAGAACAUUCUUGUCAUUUGAAAUAAUUUCAAUGCCUUCGGGUCAAGCUGGAAGGAAGGAAAGAGGCUUGUUUCUCUUUAGUGACUUAUUAGUUCUCACUGGAAUAAAGAAGCGAAGUGGAACGAUAAGAAAACCAAACAGCAUAUCGGGAAGCUUUGCCUUAACACUAGACACAAACAAGUACAAAUUUCUUACGAGACUUCAACUCGAUGAUAUCGAGAUUGUAAAAUCGAGAGAUGAAAAUGUUCGACGAAUUAUGAAGGAAAUCGAGCAUUUAACAGAAGACAGCAACAAACUUCAACAGAUUUUCGAUCUCACAACAAGUCUUCGAUGUCCACAUCAAACACUUGAAGAAUCGAUUCGUGAUUUACAAGCGAAUGUUCAACGUCAACUCGCUGAAAGACAAGCAAAUGACUCGCCAAUAAAUAUUUUGGAAUUGUCAUUCAAUGGAGGAACACAAAAUCUCACAUUAGUAUUUUCAAAGCCUGAUAAGCGAGCACAAUGGGAAGAAAUAUUCACAGAAGCUAAGCAAAAGCUUGUAGCAUCAGCUGAACUUACAAGUUGCAAUGGAGUUUGUAAUGCGCGAAUACUUUGCGUCACAUCAGUGCCGGGUUACUCAGAAUCUUUAAAUGUCACAAAUAAUCUCAAUUCCAGUAUUAAUUCAUCAAUCGAUGAUAAUCGUUCAUCAACAGUUAGUAUCUCGAAUACAUCAACAAUCAGCAACAAAACUUCGGGUAUCGAAUCAACUCAAAGUGAAACGAACAGCCAGCACGAUUCAGUGAGCUCAAGUGACUCUGAACCUGAUACAACGGUUGAUCGUUCAGUGUCACCAUCAACUGUUUCGAAGAACUGCACUCAAAAUCCAAUUUGUGACGAGACUGAAAGUCAAAUGUGGCUUGGAACUGAAGAUGGUUUUAUUCACGUUUACAAUUGCACCGAUAACAUUCGCAUUAAGAAAAACAAAAUUAAAAUUCAACAUUCGAGUGCUGUUUGUUCAAUUUUGUAUUUAGACAAUCGUGUGUUUGUAGCAUUGGCGAACGGCGAUAUUUGUGUCUAUUCUCGUGAAAGCUCACCGUCAUGGAACAUUCAUUCACCGAUCGUUCUCUCAUUAGGAUCUAUGACUUGUCCCGUAACAAAGCUUCUUAAUGUUUAUGGAAAACUUUGGUGUUCAAUUCAAGGGGUCAUUAAAGUCCUCAACAGUGCUACACUUCAAGUAGAAAACAAUGUUGAAAUAUCGAACGAUUCCAAACCAAUUUCAAACAUGACGUUGCUCAAUAAUUAUGUAUGGAUUUCUAUGCAAAACUCUGCAACAAUUUUAUGCUGUAAUGUUAACAAUUUAAAAAUAAUCUGUGAGGUGAAUUUGGCACCGGCUGUCAAUAAAAUGCUUAGUAAUUGUGAUAAUAUUAUUCAACAACACAAAGCGGCAUGUUUGAGAGUGACAUCAUUAUUAGCGUGUAAAGAUAUCAUUUGGAUAGGCACAAGUGCUGGCGUUUUGUUGACAAUCCUUGUUCAGAAUAUCGGCAAAAGCACGCCGAUUGUGACAGGUAUCACCCAAGGUCAUACUGGCCACGUACGUUUCUUGACAUUAGUAGAAAUCAAUGAUGUUGCAUCAAUUAAGAGAAUUUUAAAGAAUUGUGAAACACCAAAUGAAGACACCAAUUUCGCUUUAAUCAUUUCUGGUGGCGAUGGAUAUGAAGAUUUCCGUACAUCAGGUACAAGUACAAUGAACGAAGUUGCAGGACGUGAAGAUAGCACCAAUCAUUUACUCAUGUGGCAACAAGUCAUGUAAACAACAACUUAAGCAUAAAUAGAUACAUACAUAUAACAACAUAGAUGCGAAGCAAAACCCCAAAUACUUAUUUAAUGUGUUCGAUUAAGAAUGAAUCUUCUUUCCAAGAGAUUUCGAUGAUAGCCAUUUUAGGGUUUGAUAUAAUCAAUUGGAUUGGAUGUUUCAAUUGUUAUGUAUUACGCUGUGUCGUCUCGUGUUGUAAAUUACACAAGUUAUCGAAUGUAACAAGAGAAGUGAAGAUCAUUUUAUACUUGAUUAAAAAUAUUUAAAAGAAUAUAUUUGAAAUAGAUAUCUUAAAAGAUGAAACAUAAUUAAAUUAAUUUAGAUCAAUUUGAUGGCUUUAAUAAGUAAAAGUUAAUGGUAAUUUUUACCUAAGAAAAGAGAUGAUGAAGAAGAGAAAAUUAUUUAUUGUAAUGAUGGAAGGUCACGUUUUUUACAAAAAGUUGUUAAUUAAAAACAGAAUCAAAAGUUUAUUUUAACUGUUAAAUGGCAGGAAUUGUCACCAUAAAUGAUGUUUGAUGUAUGUAUAACUGACUUAACUUAUAUUUAUCUUUAAUUUAAUUUGAUUCUCUAACAAAUGCUGGUCAUAGUAUGAUUUCAUUUAAUGACUUUGUAUUUAAAAAUUUUCUUAUUUUUUCUCACUCUCUCUCCCUCUCCAUCAUUCUGAAAUCAAACUUUUGUCUUUUGUGCAUUUGGAAGAAGCUUUGAAAUACAUUUUCACGACUUUGUUACUUAAAAGCUUAUUCAAAGCUUAAUUUUUUUUCAUUUGUGAUAAUAAAAUUUUGUCAAUGCUUGAUGCAUUUUGAUUUUUCUUGUGAGCAAAGAAGCUCAAAUUACCUACGUCUAUAUAUUUAAUUAUUUUCUCUUGAAAUACUUUUUGUGCCAUUAUAAAAAAAAAUAAACUUUUUAAAAGCUCCGUAAAGCUUACAUAACUAUCUACUUUUGUUGACAAAAAAUUCCACUUUUUUAAUUUUGGGAAAUGUAAGGAAAUAUUUAAAUGUUCUUUAAAUUCCGUAUCUAAAAAUUUAUCUAUCGAUAAGUAAAUAUUCAUUCUUUGGUAAUCUGUACAAUUUCAUUAAAACAAGGAAAAUAAAAUGAUGAAAAAAAUUGAACCGA